GCAAAUAGGUGGAAUUCCGUUUCCGUUCUUGCUCCUGGGAUUUUACUCACUUCAUCAGCGGGGGUGAAACCACACAAUAUUUACACUAUAUUGAGCCUGUUUGUUCGUUUGAAGACACCGUGAACCGAUGGCGUCUAGCCCGCAGAAAUCUCCGUCUUCUCCCAAGUCUCCAACUCCAAAGUCUCCAACUCCAAAGUCUCCGUCCUCGAGAAAGAAAGAUGACUCAUUUCUGGGGAAACUUGGUGGGACACUGGUCAGGAGAAAAAAGGCGAAAGAAGUGUCAGAGCUGCAGGAGGAGGGGAUGAACGCCAUUAAUCUCCCCCUGAGUCCCACACCUUUUGAGCUUCAUCCUGAGGACAUCAUGCUAGAGGAAAAUGAAGUCCGCACCAUGGUGGACCCCAACUCAAAGAAUGAUCGGAAACUACAGGAACUCAUGAAGGUGCUCAUUGACUGGAUCAAUGAUGUGCUGGUUGGGGAAAGAAUCAUUGUGAAGGACCUGGCGGAAGAUCUCUAUGAUGGACAGGUUCUCCAGAAACUCUUCGAAAAGCUGGAAGGUGAGAAGCUCAAUGUUGCUGAGGUCACCCAGUCUGAGAUUGCCCAGAAACAGAAGCUACAGACGGUUCUGGAGAGGAUCAAUGAUGCUCUGAAGGUCUCCACUAGGAGCAUCAAGUGGAAUGUCGACUCCGUACAUGCCAAAAGCAUCGUAGCAAUCCUCCACCUGUUGGUAGCACUCUCACAGCACUUCAGAGCUCCCAUUCGUCUCCCAGACCAUGUGUCUUUACAGGUGGUUGUGGUCCAGAAACGAGAGGGCAUUCUCCAGUCUCGACAGAUUCUAGAGGAGAUAACUGGCAACACUGAGGCGUUAUCUGGCAGGCAUGAGCGUGAUGCUUUUGAUACUUUGUUUGACCACGCCCCUGACAAGCUCAACGUGGUGAAAAAGACUCUAAUUACCUUUGUGAACAAACACCUAAAUAAACUGAACUUGGAGGUUGCUGAACUGGAUACACAGUUUGCAGAUGGUGUAUACCUGGUCCUGCUGAUGGGACUUCUGGAAGGAUAUUUCGUCCCCCUCUACAACUUCUAUCUUACCCCAGAGAAUUUCGACCAAAAGGUUCAUAAUGUGUCAUUCUCCUUUGAACUGAUGCAGGAUGGUGGCCUUGAGAGGCCAAAACCCAGGCCUGAGGAUAUUGUAAAUUGUGACCUAAAAUCAACACUUCGAGUUCUUUACAACCUUUUCACCAGGUACAGACAUGUGGAAUGAACAGAAAUGUGAAACAUAUCUAGGGGUGCCACCGUAUUUGAAUGGUGGAAUAUGGUGCUAAUAAUGGAGUAUCAUAUAAUGCCACUAUGCUAUUAUUAUAUACAACUAUUAUUUGUCUUAAGUAAAUUGUAUUUUUUUUUUGGGCAUCUAGUUGGAUGUAAAAACACUAAAGAAUUUAUCACUGAGAAUAUAAAUGUUUUUAUCAACAGCAUUCCAUUCCUCCAAUGAUCCAUUGAAGUCUAGACUGUAACUUUAAUUCUUGUUUGUGAAAAUGGAAUUAGUGGUUUUGUAUUUGUUUGAUAUAUUAACCUCAAGUGCCUAUAUAGUAUUGAAGGUAUCAGACACAACCCUAUUUUGCACUGCACAUUAUUCAUAACACUACAUUGUCUUAGUAAAAACCAUAGUAACAGCUCUCAUUUGUUGCUAUAAGCAACUACUAACUCAAACCCCACAGCUGCAUUAGGGUUCAGCUCUAUUUCCAAGUGUCUGUCUGACCAAAUAAUUUGGAGUUAGUUGUAAUGAAUGACGCAUUCACUGCAUAUCUUUCUUUGUUACAAUCAGCAUUUGUCAUGAUGUCAGGUCUAAUGUUUUAAAUGUACACUCAGUGAAAGUGCAUCGGCAUCAACUAAAAAUAAUUUUACUGAUAUUACAUUGCCACAAAUAUAUGGCUCAAUUUUUUUUUGUUUGUUUUUUGGUCUUGUAAUUUAUUUCUCUUAAGUAUUUUAAGAUGAUGUCUUGGAUCAUUAUUAGGCAAAAAUGGUAUUUGAAAUGAAAAGAUUUUACUCAACUUUUUUCCCCAAAGCGUUUAUGUAAAAAAAUGAUAAAUCCGACAUAAGAGAUGUGUUAACAUUGUUUGAUGAUUCCAUUGCAAUAGUGUCAUUUAUUGAACUGCAUGUCAUAGUUACAACUAAAAUCUACAUUAAACGUGGAUGAAUCAUCUA